AUGGCUGCAGAGUUGUUCCCCACCCAGAAGCUGGUGUCUUCGGCCUCAAGCAGCAGCAGUAGCAGCUCCUCCGCCUCCAUCCUGCAGCAGAACCUGAGCAACAACAACAACCUGGCACCGGGCUGCUGCAGCUGGCAGGGCCUGUACCCCACCAUCCGGGAGAGGAAUUCAGUCAUGUUCAACAAUGAAAUGAUGGCAGAUGUUCACUUUGUGGUUGGACCACCUGGUGGGACACAGAGAGUCCCCGGACACAAGUACGUCCUGGCGGUGGGGAGCUCCGUCUUCCAUGCCAUGUUCUACGGUGAGCUGGCCGAGGACAAGGAGGAGAUCCGGAUCCCAGACGUUGAGCCGCCCUCCUUUCUUGCCAUGUUGAAGUACAUCUACUGCGAUGAGAUUGACCUCUGCGCCGACACGGUGCUCGCCACCCUCUAUGCUGCUAAGAAGUACAUCGUUCCUCACCUGGCGCGGGCCUGUGUCAACUUCCUAGAGACGAGCCUCAGCGCUAAGAACGCAUGCGUGCUGCUGUCACAGAGCUGCCUGUUCGAGGAGCCCGACCUGACGCAGCGCUGCUGGGAGGUGAUUGACGCGCAGGCCGAGCUGGCGCUGCGCUCUGAGGGAUUCUGCGACAUCGACGUCCUGACGCUGGAGAGCAUCCUGAAGCGGGAGACGCUGAACGCCAAGGAGAUGGUGGUGUUUGAAGCUGCGCUGAACUGGGCCGAGGCGGAGUGCCAGAGACGGGACCUGGUCCCCACUAUCGAGAACAAGCGGCUGGUUCUGGGGAAGGCCAUCUACCUGAUCCGGGUCCCCACCAUGGCGCUAGAGGACUUCGCCAAUGGAGCGGCACAAUCUGGAGUGUUGACACUCAAUGAGACCAACGACAUCUUUCUGUGGUACACGGCGUCCAAGAAACCCGAUCUGCUGUUCUGCACCAAGCCCAGGAAAGGCCUGUCUCCGCAGCGCUGCCACCGCUUCCAGUCCUGUGCAUACCGCAGCAACCAGUGGCGGUACCGCGGCCGCUGCGACAGCAUCCAGUUCGCUGUGGACAAGCGCGUCUUCAUCGCCGGGUUCGGUCUGUACGGGUCCAGCUGCGGGUCGGCAGAGUACAGCGCAAAGAUCGAGCUGAAGCGGCAGGGCGUGCCCAUGGCGCAGAGAAUCAUCAAGUACUUCUCUGACGGAUCCAGCAGCACUUUCCCAGUCUGGUUCGACUACCCGGUGCAGAUUGAGCCCGACACCUUCUACACAGCCAGCGUGGUGCUGGACGGAAACGAGCUCAGCUACUUUGGACAGGAGGGCAUGACGGAGGUGCAGUGCGGGAAGGUGACCUUCCAGUUCCAGUGCUCCUCGGACAGCACCAACGGAACCGGGGUGCAGGGUGGUCAGAUCCCAGAACUGAUCUUCUACGCCUGAGACUGAAAAAAAGAUUCCUGCAGUUUCUCAGAGACUCAAAGAACAGGAUCCAACCUGAGGCCUACGCUGCUCUCCAGGGUCUGAUGCUUCUGCUUGUAAGUAGAUGAAGAAGAGGAGAAAACCUCUAGAUCUUAACUAGCAGCAGGAUGUCCCGUGCGUGGGACUAUUUCAGCUGGUGGAUGAAUACACUAACAGAAAAACUCACCAAAGUUUACGGUUUUAGCUUGAAUCAGAUAUAUUUAUAGAUUCCUAAACAGCCUGCAGACACUAACCUGAAGGAAAAGAAUCAUCUGAAGAAAAGAACCAGAACCUGGAACUUUCAGAAGAAUUCACCUUGAACAUUUCCCUCUGAUCUUUAAGUGCCUUAAUAGACACGCCCCUCCUGCUUUGUAUGCCCUGUGGUUCCUCAGAUAAGUUCAGAGAAUCCGGAUCAGUCAUUUUCACCUGGUUCGCUUUGAGUGAGUCAGAAAUCCCAGUUAAACCAGCAGCCUGGUCAGAAAACCAGCUGGGUAUAUAUAUCUGCUGUAAAAUGAAGAAGAUAAUCACUAUAAGAACUUUUUAGGGGAUCUGUUUGAGCCAAAGGAGAUUAGAUGGAUCCUGAAACCGUUAGAUCAGAACUUUGACUGUUUUCCUGACAGGAGGGAACGUCUACAAUCUCCCAGCUGAUCCAUGGAUCAUUUUAAUGGUUUAAACUCCUUAGGAAAACUGACCUGACUCCUUUCAACAGAGCAAUAUGCCAGCAUCUUCAGAUGGUAUUCCAACCUUUCUCCUGGUCUAUGUUAGCGUUUAGGAGGAAUCCUCUCUGAUCAAGACCAUAGUGAUCCAAUCUGAUCAUCCAGACCCAAUUUACCUGCAGAAACAUCCAGAAUUCUCUUGAUGCUUAUUGGGAACCCUGGUUAUUAUGGUAUUCAUCCCCUCAGCUAUUCCCAGAUCUCUGCUGUUUUAUGACUCUAAGGCUAAAAAGUUAACUCUAAAUAAAUUCUGCUAACUUUUGCACAAACAAUCUUUAAAUCCAGCUAAUGGAACAUCUGGAAGGUUCCAUAGUUCCUGUUUGACGGAUUCUGUUAUAAUAAACCUUCCUUAACAGAAAAUCACUCCACUUAGUUUACAAAAAAAUAAAUAAAUGUUUUUUUAUAACAAAAAGAGAUUUCCUGCAGUAUCCUGAAGUGACUCCCCCUUUUCGAAGGGAAAUGCAGCUGGAACAGGAUGCCCCGCUGCUGAUCCCUGCAGCAGGUUUCCAGCUUGUUGCCUUAAAAGAAUCGCUGAGUGUGGAAACGGUUCUGCUGCAGACUGAAGGACCCAGAAGCAGCUUUGAAGGUGUCUGAGGUUUUGCCUUGUGUGUUACCUGUUCACAUGUUGAAGCAGACUAAUGACGUUUCUUAGGUUUGUAUGAAGCUGCCGUGGUGCUCUGUGAUCGUCUCAAUCUUUUUCUUUCUUUAAUCAUCUUUGUACCUGAAGUAAUCAUCUGUUUGUUUGUUUGUUUGUUUGUUUGUUGGUGUUUUAUGUACUGAUGCUCUUGUUCUUUUAAUCACUUAAAAAUCCGAAGUUAAACUGUUUUAUAUCUGAUUUACAGGAAAAUAUGUUAAUUUAGUUUAGUUUUAACCUGAAUGUGAUGCAGGUCAGCGGCCUUAUCAACCAGAUGUUGUGAUAAACAAAAAAAUAAAUCUUUCAA